AUGUCCUCUCCCAAGGGUCGCCUCCAGGGCAAGAACGCCAUCAUCACUGGCGCUGCAGGUGGCAUUGGUCUUGAAACCACCAUCCUGUUUGCCCGCGAGGGUGCCAACGUUCUGCUCGCCGACAUUUCAGAGCCCGCUUUGGCCAAGGCUCUCGACAAGGUGAAGGAGGUGGUCCCCAACGCUGGCCGUCUGGAGACUAUCCGCUGCGAUGUGUCCAAGGAGGCCGACGUGCAAGCGAUGAUCGAGUCCGUGGACUCCUGGGGUGGUGCCGAUAUCGUCUUCAACAAUGCCGGUAUCAUGCACGCCGAUGAUGCGGAUGCCGUUGACACUGCCGAGAAGAUCUGGGAUCUGACUCAGAGCAUCAACGUCAAGGGUGUGUGGUUCGGUUGCAAACACGCGGUCCUGAGCUUCCGCCGCAACAACAAGAAGACCGGCAGUGUCAUCAACACGGCAAGCUUCGUCGCCCUGAUGGGCGCCGCCACCCCUCAGCUGGCCUACACUGCCAGCAAGGGUGCGGUCCUGGCCAUGACUCGGGAAUUGGCUAUUGUCCAUGCCCGCGAGGGCUUCCGCUUCAACUCGCUCUGCCCCGGUCCCCUCAACACUCCCCUGCUCCAGGACUGGCUUGGUGAUGACCACGCCAAGCGUUUCCGUCGGGAGGUGCACUUCCCCAGCGGUCGCUUUGGCGAGGCCGUCGAGCAGGCGCACGCGGUAGUGUUCCUUGCCAGCGAUGAAAGCAGCUUCGUCAACGGCACCGACUUUGUGGUGGAUGGUGGUCUGAGCAAGGCGUAUGUCACCGCGGAAGGCCCCGCACCUGCGGCACCGAAGAACCUUGCUCACUAA